GGAGAUUCCUUCCGAGUUUACCGGGGUGCAGGUGCGGCUGCGCGACCCCGGCGGCGGCUGCGCGACCCCCGGCGGCGGCUACGCGACCCCCGGCGGCGGCGGCGGCUGCGCGACGUGGGACGGCCGCGCCAUGGCGGACGAGGAGCUCGAGGCGCUGAGGAAGCAGAGGCUAGCGGAGCUGCAGGCCAAGCACGGGGAUCCUGGUGAUGCAGCCCAACAGGAAGCAAAGCAAAGGGAAGCAGAGAUGAGAAACAGUAUCUUAGCCCAAGUCCUGGAUCAGUCAGCCCGGGCCAGAUUAAGUAACUUAGCACUUGUAAAGCCUGAAAAAACUAAAGCAGUAGAGAACUACCUUAUACAGAUGGCACGAUAUGGACAGCUGAGCGGGAAGGUAUCAGAACAAGGUUUAAUAGAAAUACUUGAGAAAGUCAGCCAACAGACAGAAAAGAAAACAACAGUUAAAUUCAACAGAAGAAAAGUAAUGGAGUCCGAUGAAGAUGACGAUUACUAAGAGGAAAUGCUUAGACUUACGGAGCAGUGUCUAGGGCAGUUACAACCUUUUAAAUGUUUACUUUGUUUAUUGUCUAUAUAUGCAUUUUGAAAAAAUAAACUUGUUACUCAAACUAAAGCAGUUUGGGUGUUUCAGAAUCACAGGCAACUCUUAAGAAGAUCUGCAUUUUGAAUAAUUUUCCUUUCCUUCCAAAAGCUUUUAAGUGGUGGUAGUGCAAGUUUCUCCUUUGCAGCUGGGACAUUAACGGGAGGUGGAGAUAGAAGCUGUGCCAGCACGCUUCAGCAGCCAGAGACAUCAAGGGAACGAAAGCCCUGGGCAACCCAAUCAGCUGAGCAUAUCCAGCAUUCUUAAGGCAGAACUUGUCAAAGCAGGACAUUUCCUUUUCCUGCAGGUAGCAUAUCAAAUUCCCGGCUUUUGAUUUAAUUUACGUUUCAGAGGCACUGAGUUUACGAGUUUACAUUCUCCAACAGAUACCGCUCUGAUCCAGAACAACUAGAGUAAUACUUUUGCAGAUAACUAGGACAUCCCGUGGUCACUGUUGAGUAGUGACAUGUUUACAACAAGAGUAGGCUGGAGAUGGCUGAGUGCCGACGAGCAUGGGGCACAAGUUGUUUUCCCAGCACCCAUGCUGGGCAGAUCAUAACAGCCUGUACCUCCAGCUCCAGGGGAUCAGACACACUCUGGCCUCAGAAACCUACGCAUGAACCCCCUUUUAUAAACACACACACACACACACACACACACACACACACACACACACACACA